UUUUCUUCCGUCCUUAACUCCUUUUUAAAGAGGAACCAAAACAACUAUUUGGUUGUGAUAUUUUACAUCACAAAAGUAUGAAUUUUGUUUUUGAUUACACUGUUUUUUUUUGUUUUUUUUUUUACCAAACAGGACUGAGAUCAUGAUCUAGUCCCUGACGAAAUGUCAAGUUUAGAAAAAUGUUUUGCAUGUGGAGGACCUUUUUCGCCUCUGAAAUGGAGUGGUGUGAGAUGUGAAGUUUGCUACCAGUCCUGGCACAAAAGAUGUUAUGUUAGCCACAAGGUGAACCUCACUGAACCUCUUCCAGAGGUCUUUAGUGAAGAUAGUUCAAGUGAGGGGGCUUCAUCAGAAGAGGAAUAUGUGCCAGAUUCUAUAGCUGACUCAGACAGCUCAUGGGACAACAAAUCAGAGCCUUUAAAUAUAAGUUGCAAACAAGUACAGAACUCUGAGAUCUCCAGCAGUCAAUCUGCUUGCAAAACGAAAAGACCUCGCCUAGAAAGUUUUUUAGAGAGAGUAGGACAAAGAAUUUCAGAAGAUGCCGAAUCAAUAUCUGAAGAUGGAAUUGGCACAAGACAGCUCGACGUAUCAGGGGUUAUUGCCACAGCAGAAAAGUCUGAUGCUGAAGGCAUUGUUGAUGACUCUGAUACUACGGCUGAAGAUUCCUUAAAAACAUCCUCCUCACUAAGAAACAAAACAUACUGCUACAUUUGUGGAAAACUACAGACAAAGUUUACACGUCAUUUAAAAACUCAUGAGAAAUCACAUGCAGAUGUUGCUCGAGUUUUAAGUCUUCCCAAGAAGUCCAAAGACCGUUUGAAAAUGCUUUCUAAGCUGCGAAACAAGGGAAACCACAGACAUAACUCGGAGGUCAUCGCAAGUGGGAUUGGAUCAUUAAAAACCAGACGCACAUCAAAAAAUCCCUAA